GAAAUGGUUAGUAGAAUAACAUUUGGAACAGCAAAAUGACUCUAUUCUGGGUUUUGGGAGUAGCACUCUUCGCAGGAGUUGCCUCGGCAGGGAACCUUGCCUUGGAAACCUACCCAUCAACGGUUCAAGUAGAAUCUUUGGAUAUCACCGACUUGGAUACCUGGUCGCAAAGUUGCGCUGCCAGCGUUCUCACAACCAGAUAUGUCCUCUCUGCUGCCAGUUGCUUCUCUGGACCUCUCUACCAACGUGAAUUCCGUCGUAUCCGUGCUGGCUCAAGCACCCGUAACAGCGGUGGUAUCAUCGCUUACGUCGAAAUUGAAAUUAACAACCCCAAAUGGGCCAGUGGCACUCUUAACGACGUCUCCGUCGUGAGACUGUUGACCCCUCUAGUGUACAGCGCAUGGAUCAGACAAGCCACGAUUGCCGGUGUCGGUUCAGUAAUCCCUGAAGGAGUUGGCAUCGUUCAAGCAGGAUGGGGCACUGGCGAGACAUCCGACGAAAUCAGCAUCUCUUCUCUGGUCACCGUGAAUGUUGCCCAAUGCGGCAGACGUAGAUUAACGAAGCGAAUGGCAACUUUCGCUGAAGGUGAAGAUAAAGAAGAUAUCGAGAACGAAAACGAAAACGAAAAUGAAAACGGAAAUGAAAACGAAAAUGAAAACGAAAAUGAAAACGAAAACGAAAAUGAAAAUGAAAACGAAAAUGAAAACGAAAACGAAAAUGAAAACGAAAAUGAAAAAAAUGAAAGUGAAAACGAAAGUGACGAAGAAGAUGAAGGUGACAAUGAAGAAGACGAAGAUGACAAUGAAGAAGAUGAAGACUAUGAAACAGAUGACAACAAUACCUUACUUUGCGGUGCCUACAGCGAGGAUGUUAAAGGCUCUAACGCUGACGUCGGUGGCCCUUGGUUCUUCGGUAACAUAACUCUUGGUAUUAUCGCUGGAGCAAACAAUGCCAACAAUUCCUGGUCAGGAAUCUUGAGUACAUCUGUUGCAUCCUACACCGACUGGAUCAUCAGUGUUGCCGUUUAA